CGGUGACUUGGUACGCCGCGCUUGGUAAUUGCUCGAUGAUCCGCUUCCGGACGAUCGCCCCGCUCGCAGUCUCGCUGCUGCUGCUGCUGCUGUGCACGGCGCGCCCUGCGCUCGCCGACAGGUGCAGCCGCAUCAGUGACGCCUACUCGCCAUGCAUGCUCUCGACGAUGUGCUCCCGCUGCGUCGCCACCUCGGGCUGCGAGUACAACCUCAUGAGCGGCACGUGCGCAUCAGCCUCCAACGCGUCAUCAGUGACGACCUACUGCAGCGACAGCGACAGCGUCUGCUCUUCGUGCACCGUGAGCGCCUCCAAGCCGACUUGCACGGGCGAUGACGGCGCGUGCAUCUGCCCCUCGCUCUGCGACAUCGUGACGUCUUCCUCGAGCGACUGCAGCGGUAGUAGUAGCUCUACUGCCUCCACUACCACCACCACGGGCGAUAGCGGCCAGAGCUUCAGCAUGAUGUACGUGGCUGUGGCGUUCGGGGCGCUGUGCAUCAUGGCGAUGCUCUACAUGCAGCGCAGAUGCGCGGAACGCCGCGUGGAGCACCACAUUAGCCUCGUGCGCCAGGAGAUGGAGGCGAGACGCGAGCAGCGCCGACGAGAGCGCGAGAUGCUCCGCGCGAGGCGCCCUGAGCUGGCGCUCAACUUGGAGACGUGGCGAGACCACGUCGAGCUGCACAAGCCCCAGAUGUCCAAGGUCGAGCUCGAGACGUGCUACUACCUGAUGAUGCAGGAUGACAAGAAGAAGGGCGGCAAGAAGGGCAGCGAUCACUGGGACAGUGGAUCGGAGGGAGGGGUGAAAGGCGGUGUUGGCGCAGUGGGCUCACCGAUUGCGAGCGGUGUGUCGGAUGUCGCGUCGCUUCACAGCCCCUUCCAAGCGACAGCUCCAUACUUCGCCAUGAGGGAGGAGUACCCGAGCAACACGACCACCGCCGGGUCCGACAGCGGGGACGAGGAUGAAGAGAAGCCUGAUGUGGCUAUUGACGUGGACCAGCCCGCCGGCAGGAGGUAA